AUGAAGACUCCAACUGAAGAAAUUUGGGUGAGAGACUCCAAUAAGCCACAAGGCAGACGAUUAUGGAACAACAUUCAAAAACAGAAAGAAGUUGCGGAGAAAAUAUCUAGGGUACAAAUCAACAAGGGAGAUGCAAUUUCUUUUUGGAAUGACGUGUGGGAAGGUACACAGUCUCUCAAACACAGAUUUCCUUUAAUACAUAAACUGGCUCUACACAAGAAUGAUUCAGUCCGUGCAAUGAUUUCAACAAAUGCUUGGGAUAUAAAACUCAAAAGAAACCCAAAUUCUGCAGAACCGCCUGAGAUUCUAGAGAUGUUUAAGGUAUUGGGAAUGCCACCUCAGAUAAAAGAAGAAGAAGAAGAAGAACUAAUCGGCACAGAACCAGGAGGUUUCAGCUCCAAGACUUGCUACAAAUGGCUAGAACAACAACUCCCUACAAAAUCUGAAGAUCCUCAUUUUUCUUGCAUCUGCAUUCAAAAGGUACCUCCAAAAAUACAAUUUUUCAUGUGGACAGCUGCUCAAAACUUAAUUACUACAACAGUUAACUUGAUCAGAAGAGGUUGCCAGCUACAGAAUAUCAUGUGCUCUUUAUGCAAUGCUCACCCUGAAACAGUGGAUCAUCUUCUUCUGCAUUGUUCUUACUCUCAUAAAGUUUGGAGCUAUUUUAUUAGGGGUUUGAACAUCAAAUUGGUACAAGCAGGGAACCUGAAUUUGCAGCUGCAUGCGUGGAAAUUUAGAAAAGGGGGGAAUAGAGGUAGAAAAUUAUGGCCACCCAUGAUUUUUGCUGUGUGUUGGGCAUUAUGGAAUGAAAGGAAUUCAAGAGUGAUGACAAGACAAAGAUACAAAGAAGAACCAGAGACAAUUCUGGAGAUCAAGCAUCUUACUUAUGUCUGGGGAGGGAAGGAAAUAUUGUUCAAAUUCAUCACUUUCAGAGAACUCGUAACACAUUGGAAAGUGGUUAUGGAUAACAGACUUAGUAACGUGUAA